AAUCCAUUAUAGACCAUCCUGGCCUUCGCGGCCUUCGGAUGUUGAGGCUUUACAGCUGCAGGGCCAUCAACGACAUGGUCUUCAAGUCUUUCCUUUCCUUUCCCUUCCUCUCCGUUAUAGAUUUGCGACAUACAGGUUGUAGCUUCCGAAGGGCACCAGAACUAGCUGGCUUCGCUCAGUCAGCUAAUCAUGGCUUGUUCGUCCCAACCCCUCUCGCGACCUCAUAUUCCAUGCUUGAAGAGUUGACGAAAUCGCCACUUUAUCCCUGUCCCAUAGCGUCAAGCUAUAGGCUUGAUAUAUCGAGGCUGUACCAUCACGCCUCAGCCAAUAAUUCUCACGUCCUUGGGAAUGAUACAAAGUUAGCCUUGAACCCGCACUCAGGGGGUGUCACGCCAUCUCUGUUUUACCGCAGAAACAUGAAGCAAGAACCAAUCCUAACUCGUUCAACGCUUCCGGAUCCGCUAGCAUUGGAGAGGACGCCCCCACCGUGGAAUACCUCAUUGCUUGAACCACCGCAGAAACUGA